AUGGCAAGUGUCUUUCUACAGAAUAUAAAAACAAUAAGUCCACUUUUAUGGCAAUGCGAAAAAUUACAUACAUGGCAAACAUCUUUUAAUGUUAUCAAAUACCAAAAUACUUGGUGUCCUUAUUAUGUAAGAGAUAAACAUAAAUUAACACUUGAGGAUGCAAAACAAUUUGCCUUUAAUAAACGUCUUUCUACAUUUCCCAUAAAAGCAGAAGAGCCUGUCGAAUCUAAUGAUGCUUUAAUCAGAAAUAAUUACAAAAGAAGUCACAUCAUCGAAGCCCACUUUAAAACAAUCAUAAAACUCAGAGAUCUACUGGAAAUUGAACCAAUGUUAUCUGUCAUAACAAAUAAUAAUAAUUCUUUCAACGGAAAUGAUAAAUUCAAAACAGUCAAGAGUCAUGUUAGUGAAAAAACAUGA